GUUUACAAUUCAGAGUUUCAGACACCAAAAAAAACUGACAUUUUUCACCGGUGCGUCUCUAUUCCUCCUUUCUCUCUCUCACCUCAACAUCCACGCACCUGAACUCCACACAGUACUACACUACACAAUAGUACAUACUUUAUACUCCUCCAAAAAUGGCGGUCAACACCAAACCACCAGACAACCACCACCUUCUUCCACCACCAAUUUCCAUCGACAUGUCAUCACUGACUCACUCAGAACUCCACUCUCUCUCUCUCCUCACUUCCUCAAACUCAAACUCAUCAAACGACACCGUUUCAACCACCACCUCAAAAUUCCACCUAAACCCAUCUCAUAGCACCAACCAACAAACUUACUCUCUCUCUCCUCACCCACGCCGCCGCCAUCGCCACCUCCUCAACCAAGAACGUCUAGAAUCAAACUUGAUCGUCUCCUUCCUCCAAAAACACCUCAAAAUUGACAAUUCUAUCCCUCCAAAAAACAGGAGAGAGAAUAAUAAUAAUGAUAAUAACCACCACAACAACCACCAAAAUGUGACCGUUGAGAUUGUCAACAGUAAUGGGGUGGUGGUGGAUUUGGCCGCCUUAGAGGAGAGAGAAAAUGAUGGUGGUCUUUACGCCGAAGAGCUUCGAAAGCGAGCCGAGGGAAGACAAAAGGAGGAGGAGUUGUUAGAGAUGUUGGGUGCUAUGGAUGGAGAUUGGUGUAGUAGAAGGAAGAAAAGAAGAGUUAUUGAUGCUUCUUUAUUGGGUGAUGCUUUGCCUGUUGCUUGGAAGAUUAUCGUCGCUUUGAGACGGAAGGCUGGUCGCUUUUUCCCUUAUUGUCGCCGUUACAUCAGUCCAACAGGAGAACAACUUUCGUCAUGUAAGGAGGUAUCAUCAUAUUUACAGAAGUAUUUUGGGAUAAAUGAUGCUAAACUUGUGAGGGAUAGUAGGGUUGAUGUCCAGCAACUGCAAAGAGUAGAUUCAGUUGAUCAUAUGUGCGUGAAUUCUGAGGAUGGCAACUCCACGCUGGACCUUUCCCUUGCAACUAUAAGUAAUUCAUGUGGGCCUGUUGAAUAUGAGAAGGAUACUUCAAAUUUAGGCAUUGAUAAUCUACCAGAUGUUCGCGUAAGUGACCUAUAUGAAUGUCACUCAUGUAAUAUAAGUUUUGAUGUAAAGGAUAAAUAUUUACAGCACAUGUUCACACUUCACCAAGGGACAACACGAAGAUACACACUUGAUUCAUCUGUGGGAGAUAAAGUAACUAUAAAAGAAGGAAAAUCAGAAUGCCAGAAAAGAAAAAGGAGACGCAGACUUGGUUCAUCCGUCUCAGAUGGAGUAAUUAUUAAAGAUGGAAAAUAUGAAUGCCAAUUUUGUCACAAGGUAUUUGAGGAAAGGCGCCGUUAUCUGGGCCAUGUAGGGAAUCAUGUCAAGGGCUCUAUCAAAAGUACGGACUCAAGUAUUCAGGUGAAUGGUCAUGCAAGGGCUUCCUAUACGGAGAAGUCUGCAACCACCAUCAGCAACUCGAGAAUGGAUGCGUUGAUUGAAAUCGCCCAAAGUUCAAUUCAGGACGUCAGCGUCCCUGUGUUUGAGGAGCCUUCUUGUGUUAAAAAUAUUGAUCAACUUAGCGUGGCUGUAAAUUCGAGAAGUAUGGAUAUCAACCGAAAGACUGAAAAGAACUCAAGUUCCUGCCUUAAUGAAGUUGAUAUGGGAAAAUGUUGGAAGGAAGGAAAUACAUUUUCUGCAGAGCUGUAUCCUUGUGGAACGCUGAGUGGGUUGUCUACUGCUUGUCCUAGUGAAACUUUACGGAUAAUGGGUUCUGAGGAAGGUAAAGUUUCAUCCAAGGAGUUACACCCUUCAUGUGAAAGGGCAAAUGAGAUGUCGAUAACUGAUGUAGAUUUCGAUUGCUUAGACCCUUCUCCUGAUGAACAUGAAAAGGAGGACACUGGUGAAGAUGAAGGCUUAUGUUUAAAGUUUUAUCCACAGGGUAAGAUGGAAGAAUUACCGAGGACUGAUGGAAAUAGCAAUAUCCUACCUUCUUGUCCUGAUGAAUGUGUACUGGAAAAGGAUAUAAGAAAAAAUAAAACUUUGUCUAUAGAGUUGGAUGCGCGUGCUAAGAUAAACAAUAUGUCUGUGACUGGUGAAGAGAUAAAGGAGCAAACAUUUACCGGUAAAAUAGUAGAUUUUGAGAAGAAUUAUGGUUCUGAAAUGACGAUGCCACCUGCUGCUAAAAGUGACUUCGCCGGUAAUGUCAGUGACAAUGGCAGAUGCAACUCUAUCCCUGCUGAAGACAAGGGAUCUGCUGACAAGCCUAUAGGAGAGUUUAAUAUUCCUUAUUCAUGUUGCAAUGAGAAAGUUUCUGAGCGUACUUCUUCUGACAAAAAGAUUCAAUUGGAAUAUCUGCAUAAAUGUGAGCCUGAACUUGCAAGAAAAUAUGAUGACAAUGGGCUUAUUACUGUUUUUGGUAAAUGCAAUGCUCCGGUCUGUACAGAGCCUCAAAUAUCAUUGAAUGCUUCGUCAACAUUUGAAGAAAUAUUUGAAAAGGCCGGAGAAGAUAUUUGCAGUCUUGAUCAAAAUCUUGAAAGUGUGACUGGUCUUGAGUAUAUGAAGCUGGAUGUUCUAGAACCUCAGAUGUACAAGUAUAAUGCCAUGAGUCGAGAAGAUUCCAUCUCCUUUUAUGAGGUUUCUAUGGAUUUGGGAAACAAUAUUGAGUUAGGACUAGGACUUGAUAACUCUCUAAAGUCUCAACCCGAAUUUCCCCAAGAAAUGGCUCGCAGAUGUGUAACAACAACUGUCUGUGUCUGGUGCGGGGUAGAGUUCUCUCAUGAGAUAGUGGACAUUGAACCACAGCCAGACUCAGUUGGUUUCAUGUGUCCUGCUUGCAGGGCCAAGAUCUCCAAGCAAUUCAAUGAACUGGAAAGUAACUUCUCCUUGAGUUCUCAAUGUUUUAACUGAUUGCUUCUUGUCAGGACCCCUUGUUAUGUAAACAUUAGUGUACAGGUGGUUUGUAUUAAGGGUAAAGCUGCCUCUUGCGUUCUAGUGGCAUUGAACUUGGUAAGCACUUUGUAAUUGUGAUCGCUUUGAUGAUGACUAAAUGGAAAUGAUCAUUUGUGGCUC